CAGGGGAGACAUCCUCUCUGCGAGAUUACGCCGCUAACACCAUGAGAGAAUUCUUAGGCAUGUUCGGCUACGACGACCAGAACAUGCGGGACGAGCUGGCUCGCAAGAUUAGCUUUGAGAAGCUGAAUGCGCCUACCUCAGAGAACAACCCAGGCACCGUGGCGGGAGAAGACCCCGUGAGCAAAAGAGCCCGUUUUUCCAAAUACGAGGAGUACAUCCGCAAGUUGAAGGCUGGGGAGCAGGUCCCGUGGCCCAUUCAUCCCCUGAAGACCGAAGAGCUGACCAGUAAGCUGGUCAAAGAGGGGCCCAUAGGCUUGGGGCAAGUCAUCCGGUUGCCAGCUCCCGAACCGUCACUCCUGCCCGAGACGAAAGCCACCAUUUUGCCUCUGCCUUCGUCCAGCAGCUCCCAGAUGCAAGGGCUGAUGUCGCGGGCCUCCAAGUACGAUUUCUUCAUCCAGAAGCUCAAGACCGGGGAGACGCUCCGGCCACAGAACGGCAACACCUACAAGAAGACGUCCAAGUACGACUUGGAGAACGUCAAAUAUUUGCACCUCGUCAAGCCCGGAGAAGGCAACCCGGAUAUGGGAGGAGCCAUCGCCUUCAAGACUAGCAAAGUUGGCCGCCCGUCCAAGUACGACGUCAGGAACAUCCAGAAGGUGACGCCGGUCAAAGCGCCGGCCCCUAGCCUGGGUCCCAACCCUCUCGCCAGCACUCCCAGCAGCACUCCGGUCGCUGGCCCUGAGCAACCCGUCUCUCUGCCCUUCAGCACUCCGGAAUACCUUAAGUCCACUUUCUCCAAGACGGAUUCCAUCACCACCGGAACAGUUUCCACUGUUAAUCUGUGUCAUAAAUCAUUUUCCCCAAUGAGGUACACCCCUCCCAAGCCUGCUGCACUGGAAUGCCCACACCUGCCCAUCUCCGGGAUGUUUCCCCCCCGGCCCACCUCACCUUCUGCUUCUCCCUCUCGCCCCACCCCCACCCACCAGAGGUUCACCAGUAAGCAGGACGUCAUCCGGCACUACAACAUGCACAAGAAACGGGACAACUCCCUCCAGCAUGGCUUCAUGCGCUUCAGCCCCCUGGACGACUGCAGUGUCUACUAUCAUGGCUGCCACCUCAACGGGAAAAGCACACAUUACCACUGCAUGCAGGUGGGCUGCAACAAGGUGUACACCAGCACCUCCGACGUGAUGACCCACGAAAACUUCCACAAGAAGAACACGCAGCUGAUCAAUGAUGGCUUCCAGCGGUUCCGGGCCACAGAAGACUGCGGCACGGUGGACUGCCAGUUCUACGGGCAGAAGACCACCCACUUCCACUGCAGGCGGCCCGGUUGCACCUUCACCUUCAAGAACAAGUGCGACAUCGAGAAGCACAAGAGCUACCACAUCAAGGACGACGCCUACGCCAAGGACGGGUUCAAGAAGUUCUACAAGUACGAGGAGUGCAAGUACGAGGGCUGCGUCUACAGCAAGGCCACCAACCACUUCCACUGCAUCCGGCCCGGCUGCGGCUUCACCUUCACCUCCACCAGCCAGAUGACCUCGCACAAGCGCAAACACGAGCGCCGGCACAUCCGCAGCUCGGGCAUGCUGGGCUUGCCCGCCUCGCUGAUGGGUGCCAAGGAGAACGAGCAGGAGGAGUCCAGCAACGACGACCUGAUCGACUUCUCCGCCAUGAGCUCCAAGAACUCCAGCCUGAGUGCCUCUCCCACCAGUCAGCAGUCUUCCAUCUCCUUGAUCGUGCCGGGCACCCCCUCCACCUCAGCCGCCGAGCUGGCCGCCUCGCAAGCUGCCAGCAAACCCGCCGGCAAUAUGCCCUCGGCUUCCAAAAUGCCCGCCCUGCUCUCUCAAACCCUCCCAAGCAAUAUCCCUUUGGCCCUGGCCCUGCCCAACGCGGCGCUUCCAGGAACGGCAGGCUCUUACUUCCCCAUGCUCCCCGGCCGGGUCUCGGCCCAGCUGUCCACCAGCUCAAGCAGCUUGCUAGCCGCCGGCACGGCGAGUACCAAUCCGGCAUCUUCAGCCAGUUCGCCUUCGCCGGCCCUCUCGGGUUCUGGCGAGGGGGCGGCCACCUCUUCGCCGACUCCAGUGGCCUCCAUCAUGGAGAAGAUCUCGGCCAGCAAAGGGUUGAUUUCGCCCAUGAUGGCUCGGUUAGCGGCAGCGGCUCUGAAAUCCUCCGUAUCGGUGGAGGCAGGAAACGGGCAGCCCAUAACACCUGGACGGUUCAACCCAACACAAAUGAAGUCCGAGGUGGCUGAGAAUCCUGGCUCGGGACCCACCGCAGCCCAGGACUCCUUGCAGGAGCACAGCUUGGACCUUAGAAUGAAAGAUCCUGGUAAUGAAUCAAAUGGCCACACAGUCUCGGCAAAUUCAUCUCUUUUAUCCUCGCUUAUGAAUAAGAUGUCACAGAAUAACCCGAACCUGGGGAACCUACUCGGCCUGAAAGGGGAGAGCGAUGGCGGGGCCCUGGCAGCCGCAGGAGAUGCCACCCAGUACCUGGGCAAGACAGUGAAGGCUCUCGUUCAGGAGAAGCUUGCGGAGCCCUGGAAGAUGUACCUGCGCAGGUUUGGCACCAAAGAUUUCUGCGAUGCCCAGUGCGACUUCCUGCACAAGGUGCAUUUCCACUGUGUGGUGGAAGAGUGUGGCGCUCUUUUCAGCACCGUGGAUGGAGCUGUGAAGCAUGCCAACUUCCACUUCCGAACAGAGGGAGGCGCCGCGAAGGGAACCUCGGAACACGCCUUCCCGACUCCGGCUGAGAGCAAGACCUCCAUCCCGCCUUCCUCUCCAUCCGCCGCGUCCGCCAUUCUGGCCACCGCCUCAGCCGCAGAGGGCCCUGCCGCCUGCCCGGCUAGUGUGCCGUCCGCUCCCACGCUCCUGGCCUGGAAACAGCUGGCUUCCACCAUGUCUCAGCUGCCCGUCUCGGGGCCCGGGCUGGCCACGUCCCCGAUAGCCACCACUUCCCUGGAGAAUGCCAAGCCCCAGGUCAAGCCGGGCUUCCUGCAGUUCCAAGAGAACGAUCCUUGCCUGGCCACGGACUGCAAGUAUGCCAACAAAUUCCACUUCCACUGUCUCUUUGGGAACUGCAAGUACGUGUGCAAGACCUCGGGGAAGGCUGAGUCCCACUGCCUCGACCACAUCAACCCCAACAACAACCUGGUGAAUGUGCGUGAUCAAUUCGCUUAUUACUCCCUGCAGUGUCUCUGCCCAAACCAGCACUGUGAGUUCCGCAUGCGGGGGCAUUACCACUGCCUUCGCCCCGGCUGCUUCUUCGUGACCAACAUCACCACCAAGCUGCCCUGGCACGUGAAGAAACACGAGAAGGCUGAGCGGAGAGCCGCCAAUGGUUUCAAGUACUUCACCAAGCGGGAAGAAUGCGGCAGGCUGGGCUGCAAAUACAACCAGGUCAACAGCCACUUCCAUUGCAUCCGCGAGGGCUGCCAGUUCUCCUUUUUGCUGAAGCACCAGAUGACGUCCCACGCCAGGAAGCACAUGAGAAGGAUGCUGGGGAAGAACUUCGACCGCGUUCCCACUCAGGGAGCCCCCAGCCUGAUGGACCCCGAGGGGGAGGAGUACCUGGAUUACGCGGGAUGCAGCCCCGGCGCCAUCUCCUCGGAGUCGUCGAACAUGGACCGCAGCUGCUCCAGCACCCCGGUGGGCAACGAGAGCACCUCGGCGGGGAACACCAUCACCAUGCCAACCGCCGCGGGGGCCAAGAAGCGCUUCUGGAUCAUCGAGGACAUGUCCCCCUUCGGCAAGCGCCGCAAGACCCCCUCCUCGCGCAAGAUGCUGGACGAGGGGAUGAUGCUGGAGGGCUUCCGGCGGUACGACCUGUACGAGGACUGCAAAGAUGCCAACUGCCAGUUCUCCCUCAAGGUCACGCACUACCACUGCACCCGGGAGAACUGCGGGUACAAAUUCUGUGGCCGCACCCACAUGUACAAGCACGCCCAGCACCACGACCGGGUGGACAACCUGGUGCUGGAUGACUUCAAACGCUUCAAGUCCUCUCUCAGCUGCCACUUCCCCGACUGCCAGUUUUCCGGCAACAGCACGCACUUCCACUGCCUGCGCUGUGGCUUCCGCUGCACCGACAGCACCAAAGUGACGGCCCACCGCAAGCACCACGGCAAGCAGGACGUCAUCAGCGCCGCCGGCUUCUGCCAAUUCAGCUCCAGCGUGGACUGCGAAGUGCCCGAGUGCAAAUACAAACUCAAGUGCUCGCACUUCCACUGCACCUAUCCCGGGUGCAAGCACACCGUGGUGGGCAUGUCACAGAUGGACUCGCACAAGCGCAAGCACGAGAAGCAGGAGCGGGGAGAGCUGCCGGCCAUCUCUCCGGGGCCCGAGGGACUCCCGGUCGUCCCCAUGGAGUACGAGGCCCAGAGUGCUUCCGUCAACCUGGACAGCUCCCUCAACCUGAGCACAGACGCCAAGAGCUCCCUCUUCUUCCUGCAAAACGCGGCGGGCGUGGGGCUCAACGACUCCGUGGACCUCAGCCAGAAGCCCACCGAGGGCACGGGUGGCCUCCCUUCCGCCCCGGGGGAGACCCUGGCCCCUGCCGCCAGCAAGCACUUCCUGGCCAGCUGUGGCAACGUGGAAGAAGAGGACGACUCUUCCCACGACGACGAUGACGAGGAGGAGGAAGAAAUGAACGAUGACGAUGAUGAUGAAGAGGAGGAUGAGGAGGACGACGAAGAUGAGGAAGAGGAGGAAGAGGAUCUGAACACUGAUUCGGAAGAGUCGCUCCCUGACGCGGAGGGCCUGCCUGUGAAAGACAUUAGCGAACUAGAGGUGGCUGUUUCCUCCACCGCGGAUCCCAGAGACGCUUCCACGCCUUCCAGCGAGCCAGCCUCAGCCCCGGCCCCUUAAGGAGCAGCCACACAGCAGCGGUGGGGGUUUGGUCUGGGCGAGCGGAGAAAGCAAAAAACUGCAUGGACAGGGGACCUUGCUAUGUUGAGGGGGAGAGGCAAGAACGAAUGCUAGAAUGGCCAGCGAGCAGCAAAACCGACUCUAUCCCAGAAGGUGCGCGAGAGGCGGAGGGAAGCACUGAUUCUUGGACCACACACAACACGGAGAGGAAGCAGCAGUGGCAGCAACAUCCUGGGGAUAGGGCAGCGUAGGAUAGGGGGCAGCCAGAGGACCCAUCUGUUGGGGUGCACAUGUUUACAGGGGGGCAGCAGGCAGAGCAUGGUGGUCCCGUGAUGCAGACGGACUGACCCUCCCGCUUCUGGAUGGAUGUGCUCCCCGUGGCAGGAAGCGCCCUGCCCCUUCCGACCCCGCUUUAGGCGGGACGGUUUUUAUAACCCUUCGACUCUGGUGUGUGUUCAUUUGUCCUCUAAUACUCCUCCCAUUCUCAGGGAGACGGGGUGGGGGGGCAGGCAGCUAGCAUCUGGCGGGGGAUAUGAGUAGGGAUGAAGAGCGUUAAGUCAUACAAAAUAUAGAUAUAUCUAUAUAUCUAUAGAUGUAGAUAUAGAUAUAUAUAUAGCGGCAAAGCUGGAUUAGGUUCUGCUAAGCUGCGAGCCGAGUCCUUUUUGCCACCGGGGGCGGGAGGUGGGGAAAUUAGGGGACGGGGUGGGUUCCGGUAUCACUUAUAUUCCUAUUCCUUUCUUCCCCUUUUCUCCGGCAUCAAAUGAAUGGGAGAAACGGGUGUCUCAGGCAGCUGGGAAUGCUUGGAACAGGGGUAUUUAUUAUCAGUUGUGGUUUUGUUUUGUUUUUUUUAAAGAAAAGCAAAAAAAAAAAAAACUAGAGGUGGGGGAAAAGACAAGACGGAUUGAUCCAGGCUGAGAAUGAAAUAUCAGUCGUAAUAAUAAUGAUAAUAAUAAUAAUAAUAAUGUUACUAAUUUUUCUAAGGAAGAAGGAACUGCUUUAUAAUGUGAGCCUCUCCCUCACUGGAGCAGAGGUGGGUUGCUACCGGUUUGCAUCGAUUGGGCCGAACUGGUUGUGGUAUUUUGGCUUUGGUCGCCUGAACCAGCAACGACACAGGCUGGCCACGCCCCUGAAUUGGUUCUCCGUUUGGUGAUGCCAUUGCCGGAAUAGUUUCUUACUAACUUUUGCUUUUUCUGCGCACGUAGUCAGCCGCGCGCGCAGCACACGUGUGUGUAAAGCAAACUGGCAGCAACACACCUCUGCACUGGAGGGUCCCCUUCUGGUCGAUCUCGGGGGGGGGGGGCACACUGAAGGAAAGGAGGCACCCCAGCCUCUGGAGGGUAGGGAGAGAGCCAAGGGGCCAGUCUGCAGAAAGGGAGAAGAGCUGGCCAUGGGCUCUCCCGGAUGGGCUUGAAGGUCUUUCAAACCCAGGACCCUUCAGCCCCACCUUGGCUCCGUUGCUGGAGGAGGAGCCGGAGGAGACCCAGGUCUCUCCCGGCGUCUUCCCCUGAAGGCCUCAGCCAAGGCAGGGGAAUCUCUGGCUCGCUCUUCUGGACGCAUCCGGGAUGGGUGGGUGGCAGAAAUCCAAGUCUUUCCCAAUCCAGAAUUGAGACUGGGGAGACCAAGCGCUCCGGCCUCCCCCUAUCCCGCUCCCGAAACACCAGGGAAAGUCCAGGCACAUCCCAGCCGAGGAACCUGCUCAACCCCGUCCCCCCCCCUCCAGAAGACAUCCUCGGAGGUCUUUUUGCUUCUGAUACUUGACAGCCGAGGUUUUUUGCGUCGGCGAUGACCCUUCCCCUUCCUGUGUCUUGUUUCUGUGCUGUUGGGCUUCAAACACAACUAACAAACUAACAAACCAAGAAAGGA